AUGUCGUCCGCUCCUUUCCCCAACGUGUAUACUCACCGCAAGGUGGCCGACACAUCUUCCAAAGGGUGCAACAUUUGCUACAAGCCCACCACCAGCGUGCUCAUCACCCCGGAGAAGCAGGACUUCUUUUAUGUGUGCGCGAUUCACCUCAAGGACAGGAACUUUGCUACGCCGAUCGUCGAUCAUGCCGCCAUCGAGGCGCGGUUAAAGGCAGAGGCGGAGGCCAAGAAGAAAAAGGAGCUGGACGAGGAGGUGGAGCGCAUCAAGAAAGAAUACGCCGAGAAGCAGAAGGAGAAAGCCCAGAAAGAGGACAAAGACAAGGGCAAGGAAAAGGACCAAAAGGAAGAAGAGAAGGAUAAGGCACAGCCUGACAGCAAGAAAGAGGAGACGCCAAAGCCUGAAGCCAAGGCAAAAGACGCUUCCCCAACCGCUGCUACAGUUGUCUCGGCUACUGAUGAAGAGCCACGCGUAUUUGCGCUUGCAAGAAGCUUUUACAACCAGCGCAUUGAUAAGAAACGCCAGAUUGAAAUGGCCAAGCGAAACCGUGAACGAAUUCAGAACCCAUCCUUCUUUCCUUCGGUCCCCAAGGGUUUGCCCUGA